AUGAAUAUAUUCGCGCAGGCCCGCGCAAGCAUUCUGUCUUGGGCACAUACUACACCACUUCCAUCUGCAGACCAAGCGCAUCCUACAUUCCAGUCCUGGCACCACUUUGACCCCGUCCUACAGUGGGUCUCUCUUCCCUCGAACGCCGGACGUGAUCACGCAGAGCCAACGCGUGGGGGUAAUACGGACCUGGUGUUGCUGACAUGGAAUAUCGACGCAACAUCUCCUCGGACCCAAGAGCGCGUAACAGAUAUAGUUACGUUUAUUACCGAGCUUGAUCCUAAAGUGGAUAUUGUAUUCCUUCAAGAGGUUUCAAGACCGGCCUUGCAACAAAUCUUAAAAGACGAGCGUGUUCGUGAAUCCUGGUUUUCAAGUGAGCGUGACGAUGCGGCAUGGGGCAAACAACCCUUUGCAACGAUGAUCCUGCUGUCUAAGGAACGUUUUGCAUCAUAUCAUAACUCGCAAAUCAGCAAUGCCGUUCUGGGACAUAUUUGGAGGGUCAAAUACCCUAGCCACUUUGAUAGAGACGCGCUCUGUUGUGAUGUCUUUUUUCCUUCGCCUCAAGAAUCUGAACAUUCUACCACGCGAAUACGUCUUGUGAAUGUUCAUCUGAAUUCUCUGCCUAUCAAACCUUCUCACCGGCCCCGGCAGAUCUCUAUUGUCUCCGCCUUCCUGCGUGUCGCAGGUUGCGGGGUGGUUGCUGGUGACUUUAACCCGGUUCUUGAAGAAGACGCCGCUCUUAUCGGGAGCAAUGGUUUGACAGAUGUCUGGACAUCUCUUCACCCGGAGGAGCCCGGCUUUACGUGGGGAGUACAUGGGGAACAUCCGUUUCCCCCGAAUCGGCUCGAUAAAGUUGCGGUCCUAGGCCUCAAACCUUCCAAUAUCAAAAUCCUAGAGCCAAAACGACUCGGUGACUCAGACACAUCGAGAUUCCAGCAGACUGAUCCAAUAGAAGACACCCCGCUCUGGAGUGACCAUCACGGUGUACUGUGCUCUUUCGGUCUGGCCAAGAGUGAAUGA